AUGCUGCCGGACACCUACGGUUGCGCCGUGGAGAACAGGUUCGGCGAUCUUCUGGAUGACGAGGCCGAUCCUUUCGACUUGAUCAGCGAAGUGGAAACGGAGAAUGAGAAAAAGAAGAAAAAGAAAAAGGAGGAGGAAGAGAAGAAAGGCAAGCAGAAAAAACCCGGGCAGAAGGAGUCCCAGAAGGAGAGACGGGUCCCAGUUGCUUUGGAUGCUCAAGACCCGGUUCCGGUCCGUAAGCAGCAGCAGGCACGUCCUGCACCAGUGGCUGAGCAUGGAGAUGGACAAGAGGCCCAGGGAGGCAUAAAGAGAGGUGCUGCUGCUGCUGCUGCUGCUGGCCAGCGUAGGGCCAACCAGGACGAACUCCCACGGGAGUUUUCCGUCUCUAGGCCCUCUGCUAAUACCGACUCUGACCUCAAGGGCAGAGGAGGGAACAGAGGUAGGAGAGGAGCAAAGGGUGGAGGAAAUACAAGGAACCCUGACAACUUCAAUGUGAGAGGCAAGAGAGAAUAUGACCGCCACAAUGGAACAGGUAUCUCUCCUGAGGAAAAGAGAGGAGGCAGGGGAGCCUGGAACUGGGGCUGUGUUGAAGAAGCUGCAAGUGAAGUGAUGGAGCUGACAUCAGAUACUCCAGUCAAAUCAGACGAACCCCAAAUACCUGUGGUGGAAGAGAAUCUGAAUCGAGCAACGGAUGAGGAGGAUGGAGAGAUGGUGGUCCAGGUUGCCAUGGAGAUGACCCUGGAUGAGUGGAAGGCCCUGCAGGAGACGAGUCGUCCCAAAGCGGAGUUUAAUAUCCGCAAAGCACAGGACAAGAUUCCCUCCAAAGCCAAGGUCAUCCACCAGUCAAAGCACCUGGAGAACCUCAAGGCCGCCGUGGAGGACACGGAGGAUGAAGGAAACUUCCUCCGCAGAUCUGUCAAUGACAUCACCUCCCUCAUGGACAUCAAUUUUGGGAGUCUUGGACGCCCGAGUCGCGGAGGAAGAGGGAGGGGAGCACGAGGGGGUCGAAGUGGUCGUCCAGAGAGAGCCGGUCCCCUACUGGAGAAGGAGGACAGUCUGGCGCCGAACCCUGACGACCCAGAAGACUUCCCGGCACUAUCAGCAGCAAGAUAACUGAAUUUGCUCUUCUUCGUUUACCUCCUGUUGCGAAACAAUUUCUAUGUUUCUGCAUUUCUUGGGAUUUGGGGUUCUAUUGCACUGAAUGCACAGUUUAAUAAAUGCCUUUGCAAGUUUU